CUCUCGUCCUGAAUCGCGAGGCGCCGACAGAAACACUCCCUCAGGAUGAUCAUCAACACCGGAAAGCUUGCAGGCCGCACCCUGUUCAUCACAGGUGCCAGCCGUGGGAUAGGCAAGGCUAUUGCCCUCAAGGCUGCCCAGGACGGAGCCAACAUUGUGGUGGCAGCUAAGACGGCUGAGCCGCACCCUAAGCUUCCAGGAACCAUCUUCUCUGCAGCCAAGGAGAUCGAAUCAGCGGGAGGACAAGCUCUUCCAUGCCUGGUAGACGUGCGCGAUGAAGCCUCGGUGGCAGCAGCCGUGGAUAGCGCAGUAAAGCAGUUUGGAGGCAUUGAUGUCGUCGUGAACAAUGCCAGUGCCAUCUCUCUGACUGGCACCCAAGAGACGCCCAUGAAGAGGUUCGACUUGAUGCACCAGAUCAACACCAGAGGAACCUAUCUUGUGUCUAAGUUAUGCAUUCCACACCUGUUGAAGAGUCCGAACCCCCACAUCUUGAACAUCUCCCCUCCUCUCAACAUGCGUCCAAGAUGGUUCAAAGACCAUGUAGCAUACACCAUGGCCAAGUACGGCAUGUCCAUGUGUGUUUUAGGCAUGACUGAAGAAUUCAGAGCUGAUGGUAUUGCUUGCAAUGCACUCUGGCCCCGAACAGCCAUCAUCACUGCAGCCAUGGAGAUGCUCGGGGGGGAUGAAGUAGACAGACAGUGCCGGAAGCCCGAGAUUAUGGCUGAUGCUGCGUAUCUGAUGCUUUGUAAAGAUUCAAAGUCUUACACAGGAAACUUUGCCAUUGAUGAUGAAGUUCUCAAAAAUGAAGGCGUCACCAAUUUCGACGAAUAUGCCAUCGACCCAAGUUCCCCCCUCAUCCCUGAUUUCUUCCUGGAUGACUUUGAUGACUUUGCUGCUAAACAAUCCAUAAAGCUAGACCCAACGGGCAAACUGACACAGCCCAAAGCAGCUGCCGAAGGAGGACAAGUAGCACAGGUUUUUGCCAAGAUUGAAGCCUUUUUGAGUGAAGAUCUAGUGGAAAAAACAAGAGCUGUGUAUGCAUUUGAGGUGUCUGGAGACGAGGCCGGUAAGUGGUACCUGGACCUGAAGAACGGCUCUGGGUCCUGUGGCCGCGGAGACCCCCCCGUUGCAGCUGAUGCCACGUUCUCCAUGAAUAGCAGUAAUUUCUUCAAGAUGUUUUCGGGUUCUCUGAAGCCAACUACUGCCUUCAUGACAGGGAAAAUGAAGUUGUCCGGUGACAUGGGGAAGGCAAUGAAGCUGGAGAAGUUGAUGGGCAAACUAAAGUCAAAGCUUUAAUUAUGAGCACUAGUAUCUUUUGUAAAGCUAGUGUACAAGAUUAGUUUCACUAUUUUUAUAGAACAAAUUUGUUACGAGAGAGAGAAACUAAUUAGGAAUCAUACCACAAGUAUACCUCUUGUUAGAUAAUUGUUUAUAGAAGCAUGACAUUUGCAUUUUGCCUUUUGUUGGCAUUUUACAGCAUACAUGACUUUAAUUAAUAAUAAAAAAGUGUAAGGCAAGCUACAAUAUACUAUACUCAUGUCAUUGACUUUUAAUGACUAUUUCACUUAAAAGCCAUGGGCAUUGAAAGCCUUGCAUUAAAAGGGUGCUUGCACUAUUUGCUAGAUCAUGAAAUGCAUACUUGUUACAGUUUAUUGUUAUUAUCAUUCUUAUUAUUUAUAAAUACUUCCAGCACUCCUGUUGGAUUUAAAAUUGGAUUUCAAAUUUCUGGGAUUAUGUGGACUUUUUUUUGUGGUUUUGGCCCUCUUUAAAGUACAAAACAAUUUUGUGCUACUUGGUAUUCAGAAGUAACUGAGUAUUUUUUAGUCUAAUGAAUUUUUAUUAUUGCAACCUUCAUGACAUUUGGAAAAUAGACUUCAUAUUGAUUUUUAGGUUUAUCUUAUGCUUGAAAUAAUUGAAACUUUAAAAUCAUAGUUUUCCAAAUACUUGAAAGUAUGCUUAAUAAAAUGUGUCUCUGUGGAGAUGUUAACAAUGCAACUUUAAUAUGUAACUACUUUAUACUGUAUAUAUUAAAUAAACUGUAUUAAAUAUUA